AUGCUGAGCGCCGCGAGGAGCGACAGCCACUUUGCGGUCAAGAAGGAGUGGUUCUUUCGGCGCCUCCUUAGCGCCGACCCGCGCCAGCGCGCGAGCACUAUGGACCAGCUCCGCGAAGAAGCCAUGGCCAUGGAGCCGUCGGUCUUGGAGGCGCACUUGCCCAGCAUGUGGCGGUUGGCCCGCGAAGCGCCUCUCGCCGACAUUCGCACCGGCUGCCGGGCGCUGCUCGCCGAUAUAGCGACUGAGCGCGGCCUCACGUUUACGCCCAAGUGCGCGCCAGCGAACGGCGCCGAGCCCACGGACGAAGACUCGGAUGUGUCGUCGUUUUUCCAAAAGUCCGAGGUCAUUGGCAUCGUCAAGAACGACGACGAGGACCUCCAAGCCAUCUUUACGCGCUGCUUCCUCCAAGGCGGCCGCGUCUCGCACUUGACGCGCAUGCUGGCGUGGCACAAGCCGUACCUGCAGCUCUUUCGGUCGUCGAUCACGUCCAUCAUGCUCAACGAUGGCCCGCUCCCGCUCGAGUGGCGCAACUACAUUGCGCUCAUGGCCGCGGCCGAGUACCGGUGUCACUACGUCUCGAUGAUCCACCAACACUAUUUUCUCGUGAAUGGCGGCGACCCGUCCUGGCUCGACGGCCUCGACUUUGUGCCGGCCAAGCUCGCGCGCCUCCACAGCCUCAACGCGCUGCUGGCGCACCAGCCGUGGCUCAUUACGAGCGAUGACAUCGCCGACCUACUGGCAUCCGACAGCGACGGGUCGUCGUGGUCCAUCUCGGAGCUCGUGCACGCGAUCAUCGUCAUGUGCAUGUACCACUCGAUGUGCAGCAUCACGCUCGGCCUUGGCGUCGUCGACGAAGAAGACCUCGCGGUCCUCUCGAGCACGUCCAACCCCGACACGUACAUUGGUGCGAUCAACCGCCGAAGCAGCAUUGGCAAGAUGAGCGAGUGCGGCAGCGAGCUCGGGGCCAGCCCCGGCUACGACGUGGCGCGCAUGGAGCUGGAGGAAGAGCUCUUGCGGCAGCGACUGGCCAAGGACGCCGAAUUUACGCAAAGCGACGACGAAGACGCGCCCGAAGGCGACGCGACGUCCACCGAGAAGGACGACGACGACGAGGACAUUGACGAAGAGGAGGAGGAGGAAGUGCCUUUUGAAGUGGCGGCCCUGCCGCCAAGCGGUCGUCUGCGCGGCUUGUCGUCGACGGCGCAUCUGAAAGGCGAGCUGUGGCGCUACUGCAGCGAGACGUUUGUCGAGUACGUCGACUUUGACGUGCGGUCGCGCGAGUACAACGUGUUGCACACGGAAGACUUUUCGUGGGACGAGCACUGCUUCUCGCUCGUGAGUCGGUACUUUCCCGGCCAAGGCGGCCACAUUCUGGAAGACCUCUUCAAGCUCACGCUCAAGAUGACGUACCACUCGUACGGGGCCCAUGCCACGGCCACCAAGAGCAACCAAGACGUGGAGGGCAUGGACACGACGCCGUUCCGCCAUGCGAUCUGGUACUACGUGCACCGCAUUUACGGCAUUUGCCACGACGACUACGACUACAAGAACGUCAACAUCUUCCUCAACCGCCCGACCAAGCAGUUUGUCAAGAAGGUCGCGUGCACGCCGUGGCGCGUGACGGCCAAGGACAUUGAACACUUCAACCACACGCUGACGGCGUCGGAAAAGUGUCACGUGACGCUGCUCACGGCCGAGGCCCGCAAACAAGCCGGCCUCAUGUAUGGCCUGCGCGCGGUCAUGCAGCACUUUUUAUAA